GGAGGCGGAAUGCAACAGGCUGAGCUCUAUCGUCGCCGUGAGAGGGACUUCUGACUGACAAACACAACUACUACGCUCCUUCCCAGCUCGUUUCUCCACUGACUCACCCUUACUAGCCGCCUCACUGUGUGCCGUGUUCAGCCACAUCUGAGUCUGGACCUCGUCAGGUCUUGGUCACGUGGCUCCUGAUCUCUCUUCCUUGCUUGUCAGCAUCCCUCUCACCUCUCUGCAGCCUGACGGCAGAGCAGCUAGCAGCUGAGAGGGGCUGAAUGGCAGCAGCCCACUUCAAACUCAUUGCAGGCCCCUGACAAAGAAGACAAAGGAAGAGGAAACAUUAAGACAGUCAGAGAAAACUCACCCAAACCAGCAGCAGCACUUUUCACGAUGGCAACCAACAGGGAGCACCAAGUGCGUCACAUGACCGGCUUUCCUCGUGCCAUGUACCCGUUUACCUUUAACUCCAUGCGGAGCCACUCCCCCUUUGACCUGCUGGCCAGUAGCCACCUUUUCGGCCGGUUUGGGGCAGACCUUCCCAAAGAGAUGGCUGCAUUGUCGGUGGAGACCCAGAGCACCAGCUCAGAGGAGAUGGUGCCCAGCUCUCCUUCUCCACCUCCUCCUCCUCGUGUCUACAAGCCGUGCUUUGUGUGCCAGGACAAGUCAUCUGGUUAUCACUAUGGAGUGAGCUCCUGUGAGGGCUGCAAGGGUUUCUUUCGGCGCAGUAUCCAAAAGAACAUGGUGUACACCUGCCACCGAGACAAGAACUGUCAGAUCAACAAAGUGACCCGCAACCGCUGCCAGUAUUGUCGGCUGCAGAAGUGCUUUGAGGUUGGCAUGUCCAAAGAAGCGGUGCGUAAUGACAGAAACAAAAAGAAGAAGGAUGUAAAGGAGGAGGUGGUGCUGCCAGAGAACUAUGAGCUGAGUGGAGAACUGGAGGAGCUGGUUAACAAAGUCAGCAAAGCUCACCAAGAGACCUUUCCAUCUCUGUGCCAACUAGGAAAAUACACCACAAAUUCAAGUGCUGACCACAGAGUACAGCUGGACUUGGGCCUGUGGGAUAAGUUCAGUGAGCUGUCCACUAAGUGCAUUAUAAAGAUUGUGGAGUUUGCCAAGCGGCUACCAGGCUUCACUACGCUCACCAUCGCUGACCAGAUCACCCUCCUCAAAUCUGCAUGUCUGGACAUCCUGAUGCUGAGGAUAUGCACUCGCUACACCCCAGAACAAGACACAAUGACCUUUUCAGAUGGCUUGACUCUGAACAGGACCCAGAUGCAUAAUGCUGGCUUUGGCCCUCUCACAGACCUGGUGUUUGCCUUUGCUGGUCAACUGCUGCCUUUGGAGAUGGACGACACAGAGACGGGCCUACUCAGUGCCAUCUGCCUAAUCUGCGGAGAUCGCAUGGAUCUGGAGGAGCCACAGAAGGUAGACAAGUUGCAGGAGCCGCUGCUAGAGGCUCUGAAGAUCUACACCCGCCGCAGACGCCCAAACAAGCCUCACAUGUUUCCCCGCAUGCUGAUGAAAGUCACAGACCUCCGAGGAAUCAGCACCAAAGGUGCGGAGAGAGCCAUCACACUGAAGACGGAGAUCCCAGGCCCCAUGCCUCCACUGAUCAGGGAGAUGCUGGAGAACCCCGAGGCCUUCGAAGACAGCAGUGACUCAGGAGACAGUGCCACAGCUGCUCCCCCUGCCAUUCAAGCCAUCAAACAAGAGGAGAAGCCUGCGGAUGAGUCAGCUGUUGAGGAGGAAGAGGAGGAGGAAGAGGACGACUACUGGGAUGAGGAGAAAGAGCGAGGGGCGGACAGUGAUGGGGAGCCAUGGGCGGAGGUGGCAGCGGGCGUGCAAAAGAAAGGUGUGACUGGGAAAGCGCAGUGAGAGAGACAUGAUGCUGCUACUUCCUCUUCCAGAUCACUGAGCCCUCGCCCAGCAAUAUCUCCUCACAGGAACCUCACAGAAUUAGGCUCUUAUACAACACAAGUGUUGAAUACAGCACAUAUUUACAUAUACUGUACAUGCUGACUGAAAGAAAAAUGUGUUCAAUACAGCAUAGGAAGUAAAGAGUGGGAGAAGCAAAAGCACUAAAUGUCAGUGGGUCAUGGAGAGCGCCAUGAAAAAUCACUGUGCCAAAAUGAGACUGUCUAAAAGAUAUUUCAAAAGUGUUUUUGUCCACUGUAAGAGGAACGAGAGGUGGUGGACAGAACAAAAUGCACUCUUCCGCUAUCUAUAAGGGCUAUGCUUUGUAUAAAAUUGAUGGUAAAAAUACAUUGCAACAACAGAACUCUAUGUGGUGUCCAUUUGCCGCAAAUGUCUUCUCAGAAUUCCUUUUAUUACUAUUCAGAGAUAUGCGAUAUUUUUUUAUUGUAUGGUUUUUCUAAGCAUGUACACAUUUCUGUUCUGUCUUUAUGCCUGUUUGUGGGAUUCUGUGUUGCUUUUUUGUAUAUUUUUUCACUCAGUCCUGCUCACAUUUGACUGGACAUGUGAUUUUUUUAAGCUACUCUUUAAUUUUAUGCAUUUCUGCUUCACGGACACAGUAAAAAGCAAUAGCAAAGACAGUAAAGAGAGCAAUAGCAAAGAGAGAGCAGGUCAUGAGCGGGACUCAAACUCACAAUGCGACAAGCACAUGGUAUGAAAAUCUCUGAUGGGUGAAAAAUCUGAAAAAGGAUAAGAGGAAGACUGUGAUUUCAGGUCUGGUGCUUGUGAUGCAAAUAAGACACUAACAAAUAAUGCAAAACAAACAGAAGCAUAUCUCCACCUCACGACAAAAAUACACAGUUAUUUUUAAAAAAUACUUAGACUAAAGAAUCUGCAGGGUAGAUUUAAUGUCAUCAUCACAUAAUCUCAGGUUGAUUCUGUCAGGGCCACGUCUCACCUGUCAAAACAGUAUUUUAAGAAUCUGCUGGUGUGCAUGCUCCGACAUAAUGCCCCCUUCUUCAACAAGAGAAUCCUCUCACACCAGGCAGUAGGGAUUAUUAAGAAUUGAAGUUGUUGACCACGCUUUUAUUACAGCGGCCAGGUACAUAUAAGCCAUAAUAUUUUAAUUUUUCCAAGAGUGAGGAAGAAUCAUCCCAACAGGCGUUACCAUAUAAAAGCAGUUUACUUCACAGAAAACCUCAGGUGUGUGUGUGUGCGUGUGUGCUUGAGUGUGUAACCGAGAGCAUUUACCAGUACACAGUGAUGUUGUAGAGACGUGAUGUUGCUGUCAUCACUGCCACAAUCCACAGUGAACAUUUAUCUAGAAGUCCAAUUAUUAGUAUCAUAAAAAUGCACAUAAAAUAGAUUUUGUAGCAAAGAACUAAAUGUUUUUAUAAUAAUUCACUCACCCAAAGGACCCGUGUUGGACAGUGCGACAUUGCCGAUGCAAGCUGACCAAGAAUCACAUGAGUGUUGCAACCGUCCAACAUAAUUAACAACAAAACAAAAGCUUUACAUUGGGUGACCUGUCUGCUGCAGCACAGGGCAAUAGUGUCAGAUGAUGUGUGUUCAUGUGUGCUGUAUCUAAUGAGUGAUGCAAUACAUGGAUUUUGUAAAAUAAAUACUUAUAACUUGUUUUUACUUGAGACUGUACAGCUUUUUUGUCAGUAUCUGUUUAAUGAAAGACAGUGUGAGGCUCACAGAAUUCCUUAAGGGAAAAGAUUCUCCAUCAGCAUGUUGUCCUUCAUGGCAUGAGACAUUGCAGUAAAGCUGCAAUUUUUUUUAAAUUUAGUUUUCUUUUUUUAAAUGAGGGAUACAAAGUUGGAGGUAGUGUGUAAUAUCCGAAAAAAGGACUGCAUGUUUCUGAUAAUAUAUGGAGACAUUCACUCCCUGAAUGAAGCAGAGAAAGAGAAGAUGUAGAGAAUAUAAGAGGAAAACUGAUCCCACAUGAUGAUAGUGGCAACUACACCAGCAGCUUUGAAGCAGUGACCAUACAUAUAUAUAUAUAUAAGUUAGACAUGUCCUUAGUACCAUAUGUAAAGCCAUGAACUACACAGGGGUUGAUUUAAGUGUUAAAUAAUCAACACAGACGCCACAAUAUUUUCUUUUUAGAAUGCCAAUUGUGAUAUAGGGCGGUGACAUCACAAACAAAAGUUAUCUUCAGUGUUUUUCAUCUGUCACACACACAAACACGCACACACACACACACACACACACUCACACAGAGACUCACACAGUCAAUAUUUUGCACAUCGUCAGCCAACUCUGCAUACUAUGUAGUUUAGUACUUAAAUAUGUUUCUGCAUCACAUAACCACGAUAUUUCAUAAUAAAAUGUUUUCCUGUUUUUUUUCUUCUUCUUUAUCUCGUAGACUUGUUUCUUUUCUUGAAUUUGAGCUGGUGCAAUAAGUAAGCCGUGGACGAGGUCACAAAGGCCUCAGCUCUGUAUGUAUGCAUGUGAGUUUGAAAAAUCCAAAAAGACCAAAGAUAUUACAUAAUGUGGACAAAAACAAAAGAAAAAGAACGUUCAUUAAUAAAAAUUCUAUUGAGGUCAUUGACAUGAAAUAUAUUCACUUAGUAAUGUGUGGUAGAUGAAAUUUCAUGAUUUUAAUGACUUUGACGCUGGAACCAUCUCUGUUACAUUUUGUUGUUGUUUUUUUUAACUGAUGUCUUACUUUUUAUAAACAUAAUCUUAAUAGUGUGCAAAUAACUUGUCUUCAUGUUCAGGGAUUCAGACACCUCAUGCUUUUUAUUUCAAUUGGACUUUUACAGAAAUAGCUCUGAUACACACACACACACACACGGAAAAACAAAGACUGGACUGACUGUUGUUUUGAUAUUUGCUUAUUUGUUGCUUGUUGUUUGCUCAUUUGUUACUUGUUGUUGUCUUUCUUGUAUUUUGAUAAAGGCGCUUUUCGUUCUCA